ACUCUUCAUUCGCCCUAAUGGGGAAUAAUCGAAGAGUUAACUGGUCAUCUUCUUCUGUGCUCGAACCAACGGCGGAGCAGAGAAUAACCUCUUCCUCCUGCGAUUUCGCCGAGCCCCUUCUCCUAUUCUCUCUCCUUAUUCCUACCGAAGUUCGGCCAACCUUUGCAGUAUCCGGAGACGUCCUGGGAAUCAGCGCAGUCAGAUGUUAGAGCUAGUGAGCUCUUAAAGACAUCACUUUGUUUUUUGGAGCACAUCACGCCAGUUGUAAAUUUGGGGACAACUCAGGAAAGAUGAGGGAAGCUGUGAAAACAUCUGCUUAAAAACUUACCUGUGGCAGUAGUAAAUUUCUUUUGCUUCAUUUUCGUGCACCAAUUGAAUUGAUUUUGGAGGUUUGUUUGAUUGGAAGUGGGUUUCUCAAUGUUGUUGCUUGAGGUCAUCAAGAAAGCUACAAUUGAUUCUGGCACUUUUACGACUAAGUUGAAGUAUCCGAUUGUUCUGAAUGCUGAUGUGAUUUUACCUAAUUUGAAGCCUGAAAGUGGGGGUCCCAAUGAGAUUUCUCCAAUCAAACGCAUGGGAGGAUGGAGGAUAUCUGAUACGGAUUCUGAGAUCAUUGAACUAAGCAAUCAUUUCUUCAAUAAAUUGAAGCGGAAGCUCAAGAACCCUAAAUCUUUGAACCAGGGUGAAUUUCUAGAGACUCUGAAUUUGUUUCUUGAGAAAAAUGGGGAAAAGCUUGGUUUAUCAUGUCAUGUUGAUUCGUCUGACUCCAGUUACACCUGCCUAAUGAUUCAAAAGUUGGGAUUUUUUAUCAGUCGAGAUGCUAUUAUUUUAAUUUUGGAGGCUUCCUUGGUUUUGGAGCUCUGGGAACUGUUGGAGACAAUAAUUGUUCAAGGGCUUGUUGUUCAUUCUUCUUCUAGUAAUUUGGUGCAGUCUCUGAUUGAGAAGAAGCGGUCGGACUUGCUUUGUCUCUGUGUCAUGCAUAUAUCAGAUCUUCAGGCACCGGAUCUUCUUAGCAUAUUGAAAUACUUCUUGUCUCCUCCCAAACAUGCUUACAAUUGUGUGGUCAGUGUGAGAAAAGAAUGGGAGAGCCAGGCUCUUUUAGCUAUUGAGAAGGCAACCAGCCAAAACCUUUCUAAAAAGAGAUCUGACUUGGCAAAGCAAGCUUCAAUCUUGCUCAUGACUGCCCAUGAUGACUUUUCUACCUUUGAACUCUGUUUGCAUUAUGUGUUUGCAUCCCCAAACCUUGAUGAGCUGACAUUGUCAUCUUCUGUUAGAAGGCUCAAUAGUUCUGAAAUGUUGAGCUUAAUUAGGUAUUUAGGGAAAUGGUUGAUGAAGUAUGAGAAGUUUCCGCAAGCGGGUCCAUGUCCAAAAGCAGCAUCUAAGCUAGGACUGAAAGCUUGUCUAUGGGUACCUUCCCUUGAAUCGGUUGUUACGAGUCUCGGAUUGGUGCUGGAUGAUCAUUUCUCUUCCUUGGUGCUGUACUCUGAUUUUCAUGAAGAGCUGAAAUUGAUAGAAGAUAUUAUGAAGUCUUUAGUCGCUGAAGCUAGGUUAUGUUGCCCAAUAGCAAAUGUACUUCAGAAUUUGAUAAAAGAUGUUGGGCUUUGCGAAGCUGAAAAAUCUGAACUGGUUUAAUGUUGCUUCGAUACUUGUAUCAUUCUCUUUAUGGUUUUUGUUAACAUUGGCACCAACCUUUUAGUUGUAGUGUAAUCUGAACACAAUUUUAGAUGAAUGGAAGAGAUAUUCAUUAUUUCAGUUGUGAAUCUUA